AUGUCUCUGGGUAAGAUCACGCACGAAGAUUACUGUCUGGAAAAGGAGAUGGGGAGGAAGCUUCGAUCGGACUACAAUCCAAUAUUGCAGACACUUCAUCCCAAUAGCAACGAAAACCGUGUGGAUCACAUGAGUGAUUUUUUCACGUCAAAGCUCCGUGACCCGCUACCUCAUACAGAUAAAUUUGUGCCUGACCGCACAAUACUAAAUAAGGCCCAUUAUGCCCAGAAAGAAAAGCGAAUGCAAGAGGAUGCCCAAUUAGUGGCGUCCUUGCCAACCUAUGAUGAACCUAGUGACGAUCUUGCUUCGCGACCCACAAACAACAAGCACAAAUAG